GAACAAUCGAUUGAUAUAGAUAUAGCUAUUCGCGAAACACACUGACGUCGGCAUCCUUGUGAUGCAAAUCGCACACUUUAAAUGUGAUGAUACAAGUCUUUUAAUUACUGUCAUCCCCUAAUUAACCUAGAGAACUGUCGAUCACUUUCUACAGUAAUAUCUCCAUCCCUUCAGGCUAUAAGUCCUUGGUAACAACGAGGCAGAUCUCCGCGUCGAUAACAUGUGGAGCUAGGAUGACAUGUGACUGUAGUUCCGUUUAAGAUUUUUCAGUGCUCUUUGCUUUGUUUAUGUUAUAUUCGUGCAGCCGAAGUAGUGACACCUGUUGACGUAGUUUUGAUUCAAAAUGAACAAUUAUAGACGUGUGUUAUUUAAAUUAGUUAUCACUGUCAUAUUUGCUUUGGUUUUCUUCGGUUUACCUUUGGGUUGUUCGGCACAUGAGGGCGAUAGCCACGGCCAUAGCCAUGACUUAUCGCAAGAAUACUUCGAAGAAAGGCCAUCUUACAAAUAUUCGAGAGAGGCCAACUUGCAAGCGGAAGAAUUUGAUCCCGAGGAACGUUUCCAUAGAACAAAGUUAUUGCAGGACAUGUAUACACUAUGGGUGCAAGCUCUAUGCUCAACGUUACUGAUAAGUGCUGCACCGUUUCUGAUACUAUUAUUUGUCCCGUUAGACAACAGUAAGGAAAGGGAGCCAAUGCUUAAGAUACUGCUGAGCUUCGCGUCCGGUAGUUUGUUAGGUGAUGCAUUCCUGCAUCUCAUCCCCCAUGCCCUUUCGCCUCACACACACGGCGAAAGCGAUGGUGACGAUCACGAGUCACACAGUCAUUCUCAUGAUCAUUCCCAUAGCCAUAGUCAUACAGAGGGGGGAGGAGAACCACACGUACAUGAUACCAGUGUCGGUUUGUGGGUUUUGCUAGGCAUAAUAACUUUCCUAAUUGUCGAAAAAUUCGUACGUUUAGUUAAAGGCGGGCAUGGGCACACACACCACGUAGCACACAAAGAAAAACCGAAAAUCCAGAAAAAGACAGAGUCAGAUAAUCAGAAAGUAGCCAAGAAUGAAGGUGCUGGAGACAGAAGUAAAGAGAAUGAUAAGAAAAUAAAAAAAGACAAACAUGAUAUCAACGAGAAACGAGUAAUAGAUCAACAUUCAUCAGACGGUGAAAUUAAGGUGGCUGGAUAUCUGAAUCUUGCUGCAGAUUUUACACACAAUUUUACUGAUGGUUUGGCUAUUGGAGCUUCAUAUAUAGCUGGAGAACAAAUUGGUGUUGUCACGACUUUUACCAUUCUGUUGCAUGAAGUUCCACAUGAAAUUGGUGACUUUGCAAUAUUAAUACAAUCUGGAUGUGAUCGGAAGAAGGCUAUGUUAUUGCAGUUGCUGACAGCUCUUGGUGCUCUGAGUGGAACUGUUGUCUCUCUCUUAGCUGAAGGUGUGGAUAAUGCUGCUUCAUCUUGGAUUCUGCCAUUCACUGCUGGGGGCUUCAUUUACAUUGCAACAGUGUCUGUGAUACCUGAACUGUUAGCUGAUACAAAGUUCUGGCAGUCUGUAAAGGAAAUUAUUGCACUUUUGUUUGGUGUUUACAUGAUGGUUAUUAUUGCACAUUAUGAAUGAAUGUUGCAUAGAAGUCUAUUACAUUCUUUAACAGGUGAUCAUGUUUGGAAUGUGAAAUGUUAACUGUAUAGAAAUCCCCCAUUGCUAAAAGAAAAAGCGAUCUCUCUGCAAGAUAAACACAGUUAUUUGGAAGGGGUGUAUCCAUUAAUUUUACAAGUAAAGCCCAGUUAAUGGACGCAACAUACUCAAUGAGGCAGUUGUCUCAUUAACGUAUCAUACCUCUCAGUUCCUUAACUAUGUGAUAGUGGCAGAACACAUUGUUCAUUUCUUUCCAGUCAUCACACUGCUUGAUGUGCGAAAGAGAAAUUAUUUCUGUUAUCACCUUUGCUGGUUUUUUAUUCUUCUUUUCCCACAAAUCGUGGGCAUAAAAAUUCACAAAUCUGAUUUCAGUUUGAAGCAUGUUCUAUAAAUAUUAUUUCAUCUACAUUCUUAAAAGACAACUUCUUGCUCUUACUGUUUUUGGCAGUGAAGCUUUCAAUUUAACAUUUUUCAUGUAUGUAGUGAUGUUUCAGAUUGGGUGUCACGUGCUUAACCUCUGCAGAUGCAGUAUGUACUUAACUCUCAGUUAAAUCCAAUGGUUUUAUUUAAUUAUUCCUACACCUUGCAUCAUUAAUCUUUCUAUUAGAUAAAGUGUAACUUAAUGUUAUACACUUUUCUUGAUACAGUGAUGGUUAAAAGUUACUGAAAUUCAAGAUGUAUUAUUGAUGUAUUAGGUGUAUUGAUGUAUAGAUUGUUGCAGAUAAUUGAUUUUGCUAAAAUGCUAUUAGUUUAAAAGAUCCCAGUACUGGCACUCUGUUGUUGGGCUUACAGUAUUCCUCUGAAUAUGUAUUUUCUUUUCAUGUACAAGAGCUUAUUGCUUAAUUAGGUGCCAGUGCUUGGAAAGCUAUCAGUGUCAAUUAACUAAUGAAACAAGCUUAUGAAUGUGGAAAUAUUUAGGUCAGAGAUGGAGAGAAACUAUAUUCGUAAUAUACUUCUGCCGAACUGGUAAUGGACAAUGGAUUCAUAAACAGCUUGCCCACUUGAGAUGAUUGCCGCAGUAACAAUGAACAGUGUUUCGCAUAAGAGACAA